AUGGAGAAGAAGAAGUCACCUCUUGACUUGGGAGGGGUUGACUCCGGUGAAAAGAAAAGAGAGCCGCAAGAGGAGCGGAACCGGAGGGAGUUCUGGCUCUCUUGUCUUCUCUUUUCCUCACGAUCCCGACGCAAGCAAAAGAAAAAGGAGAUCGGUAUUAUUUGGCAACAAAUGACGCAGUUCGCAGAGUACAAAGGACGCCAGCCACCCGGAAGUAGAUACAACGAAGAAAUCAAGAAACGGAGAGGAAAAGAAACACGGAAAGCAAGCAAAACGGCAAGAGAGAGAGAUAGAAGAGAGAAAGAAGAGACAGAAGAGAGAGAGAGAGAGAGAACGAGAGAGAACGAGAGAGAGGAAGAGGACGGGGGGGGGGGUUUACCUUUUUUUUUUUGCGAGUCGAAAAGAGACGGCGAGCCACCCACUGGCAAAAAGAAAGAGAGAAGGAAAAGGAAUAAGAAGAAGAAGAAUAAGAAGGAGAAGAAGAACAAGAACAAGGAGAGAGAAGAAAGAGAGGGGGAGAAGAGGACGGUGACGCUGGAGGUUCUGGAGAGCGGACGUUGA